AUGGGCGUAGCUUAUUGCCUGAGCACCGACCUUCGCCAGAUGACGACGAGCUACAGCAAUACGCGCAUCCCAACGACCCGGCCCUACGCCUCACCCAGAAUAAUGUGGAAUGAGUCUAAGCCCGACGCCAAGCAGCUUGAGUCUGUCGCCCCUGCUUCUACCAGCAGCGCGAAAGGGGCGCCCGACACGGCCACUCAAAUCUUCGAUCCUCGAGCCGAGAAUAAGCUGCGGCGCAAGAUCGAUCUCUAUAUUGUGCCGCCAGUGGCACUUUUAUACUUAUUCUGCUUCAUAGACCGUGCUAACAUCGCAUUCUGUCAGAAUAAAGGCCAGAUGAUCGCAUGCCGUUUCCUGCUGGGGAUCUUCGAGUCAGGCCUGCUCCCUGGUAUUGCGUACUAUCUUUCCCGUUGGUACCGGCAUGCCGAGCUCUCGUUCCGCCUCGGCAUGUAUAUGGUCAUGACUCCCACCGCUGGUGCAUUUGGUGGCCUCUUAGCUUCCGGGAUUCUCAAGCUGGAGAAUUUCGGGUCUCUUACGCAAUGGCGUAUGAUCUUUGGUAUUGAGGGAAUCAUAACCAUUGGUAUCGCGGCAAUCCUAUUGUUUUUGCUCACUGAUAACCCAACCACAGCCCGCUGGCUUACUCCCGAGGAGAGGGAGCUUGCAGUAGCCCGUGUCAUGAGUGAGCGAAUUGCACAAGAAGAGAUUGUUGAUAAAAUGAACUUGGCCAAGGUGAAAAACGGCAUUUCUAACCCGGUAACAUUGAUUACCGCCUUCAUUUUCCUCUGCGGCAAUGUAGUCGUAUUAGGCAUAUCCUUCUUCCUACCUACAAUUAUUCGCACCAUCUACCCUAAUCGUACCAUCGUACAACAGCAGCUCCUCACUGUACCACCUUACGUCGUUGGUGGUGCCUGUUUAUUAUUGGUUUCAUGGCUGGCAACAAAGUUCAACACCCGUCAGAUCCCCAUCUUCAUGAGCGCACCGACAGUGAUGGCGGGAUAUGCGAUUAUGCUGGCUAGCAGCAACGCAAAUGUUCGGUAUGCUGCCAUCUUCUUGACGGCUAGCUGUGCUUUCUUGGGCGGAUCCCUUUGCAACGCACAAGUUAGUGCCAACACUGUAUCCGACACUGCACGAAGCGUAGCUAUUGUGUUAUGCGGUUACCUUGGAGGUCUCGUAGCAACCUGGACCUAUCUCCCCUGGGACGGCCCUAAGUAUCCUAUUGGUAACGGUCUAAAUCUGGCUGUAUCGGGAGCGAUUGGCGUUGCAUCUAUUGGUGGGCUGAUAUGGAUGAAGGCGGACAAUAGAAAACGAGAUCGAAUGACCCCUGCGGAGAAGGAGGAAAUGUUGGCUGGCUUGACCCGAGAACAGCUUUCGGAGCUCGACUGGAAGCAUCCUGACUUUAGAUGGAAGCCUUGA